AUGGCGGCUGAGUGGAGGAGUGGGAGAACAGGCUGGACGACAACGAGGCUGCAGCUCGAGCAGGAGAAGGGCGUGACGCAGGACAGCAGGGCGGACGGCCACGGCGGCGGUGGCAUUGCUGGCGGAGGCGGUGCAGGAGAUGGAUUUGACGGAGCUACUCACGGUGAUGCUGGCAGCAGCGUCAGUGCUGGCGGCGUUGGUGUAGGUGAUGGUGUUGGCGGUGAAGUUGGCGCCGGAGCCCGCCCUCGAGACCGGGACGCGCAGCAGCAGGAGGAGCAGGAGCAGGCAUGCGGCUGUGUACGGCGGAAGCAGCAGCAACUCGAUGAGGUGGACGGCGGCGCGCCGGUGCUGCAGGACCGUAGAAGGCCCGCAGACUCUGGAUGA